GCGUGAAAUCAAAACUUGCUUGAAGUGCAAUAAAAACCAUUGGACAAAUAAAUACGCGACCACAGCAAGAGAGAUAAACGUUAUUGGGAAUGAAAUCCAGUUGCGGUCCGAAAUUGUAACUAUACACACAACAAAGCAAGUGAUUUCACGAAAAAUGGCUUCCUUUCGUAUGGGUCCAACAACGCACUCUGUGCCAAUGUCCCUGUUUCAGAAAAAUCGGCAGAAGACGGCUGCUGCUUUGAGGGAACACGGUUCGGUAAAGUCCAAGUCAUACGUUCUUCUCGCUGGCGGAGAUGAUGUUAGUUUCAACGAUACGGAUAUCAGCUACCUCUUUCGUCAAGAAUCUUAUUUUCAAUAUAUGUUUGGAGUAAAAGAACCUGGUUGCUACGGUGUGCUGGAAGUAGAUAGCGGCAAGUCAACUUUAUUUGUACCCCGCUUACCCGAAGAGUAUGCAACUUGGAUGGGAAAGUUGUAUGCUUUGGACGAAUUCAAACAAAUGUAUGAAGUUGAUGAAGUGCGGUAUGUUGAUGAGUUAAAUGCAUUCUUUGAAAGCGCACAUCCAUCACUCAUCCUUACCUUGAGUGGCCUUAAUACGGAUAGUGGUUUAGUCUCGAAGCCAGCACGUUUUGAAGGCAUUGAAAAAUUUGUUGUCGAUUGCGAUCUGCUGCAUCCGGUGAUUGCCGAAUGUCGCGUUAUCAAGUCCCCUGAAGAGAUUCAGGUACUGCGUUACGUGGCAAAGGUUUCUUCUGAUGCACACAUUCGCGUUAUGCAGUUUAUGCGUCCGGGUCGUUCGGAGUAUGAAGGCGAAGCGGUAUUUUUGCAUCAUGCCUAUGCUGUAGGCGGUUGCCGACAUGCAUCGUACACUUGCAUUUGCGGCAGUGGUGUGAAUUCAGCCGUACUACAUUAUGGUCACGCGGGUGCGCCAAAUGAUGGACCCGUACGCGACGGUGACAUGUGCCUCUUUGAUAUGGGUGCAAACUAUUGCGGCUAUGCAGCUGAUAUAACAUGUAGCUUUCCAGCCAAUGGUAAAUUCAACGAAGAUCAGAAAUUAAUUUACAAUGCUGUUUUGGCUGGGCGCAACGCAGUCUUGCAGGAAGCUCGUGAUGGUGUCUCAUGGGUAGAUAUGCACAAGUUGGCUUGUCGUGUUAUGCUACAAAAACUGAAGGAUGGUGGCAUGCUUAAAGGCGAAGUGGAUGAUAUGCUGGAGGCUGGUUUAGCUGGCAUUUUCCAACCGCAUGGUCUGGGACAUCUGAUUGGUUUGGAUGUGCACGAUGUUGGCGGCUAUAUAGCAGGACAACCAAGUCGGCCCGCCGAACCGUGGCUAAGUAAACUUCGCUUUGCGCGCACUCUCAAAGCAGGGAUGUACGUGACCGUCGAGCCAGGUUGCUACUUUAUCGAAUACCUAAUGGAUCGUGCACUUGCUGAUCCGAAUUUAAAUAAGUUUAUUGUUGUCGAGGUAUAUGAACGUUUCCGCAAGUUUGGCGGUGUACGCAUUGAGGACGAUGUAUUGAUUACCAAGGAUGGGUGUGAGAAUUUCGCCAUAGUACCACGCACAGUAGAGGAAAUCGAAAAGACGAUGGCUAUUCGCAAGGAGUGAGAACUAACGUGUUGCUUUGGAAUAUCUUUUCCCUAUAUCUCUUCUGUUAUAUAUUGAUUGUUUCAAAUAGUAACAUGUGAUAAUCCCAAUUGUAGAUUAGAUUACGUAUGAUUUAUAUAUGAAACAAUAACUACAUGCUUUAUCUCGUAUCUAUGUACACAUUAACUACUGCUAAUUUACAAUAUGUACAUGUAUUUUUAUUUACUACAUUUACACUUAUUGAAUAAAAGUCAAAUUAUCUAAAUUG